CCGAGAGCAGGGGCCCCCUCCCCGCCUCCCUCUCGCAGCCCCUCUCCGCCAGUAGCAAAGCUGCUGUCUUCCCACAGGAGGACUUGGGAGGACGCUGGAGUCUGCAGCGCCCCCGCCCCCUCGCUUUUUCUUUCUUUCCUUGCUUUGGGAUCUUGCUGCUGGAGCCGGGAGAGAUUCUGAGAAGACAAGAGCGAGGGACUGAGCGCAGGCUUCCGCUGCGGCGCGCGAACAUAGCCGGGGCCACAACAUCUCCGGCGUCCCCUCCAGCGCCUCGCCACCCCGGCAGAAAUGUGAAGAGGGAAAGCCCCCAGCGCCGCCGCCCGCCCUCGAAGGCGUCCCGGACAGCGUCCUGGCGACCCGCGGCUGGAGCCCCUGUCCCCGCAGCACAGCGGGACUGGAGCGGCAAGGUGCACCGGGUGCCGCUUCCCGGCUCCCACUCUUCGGAAAGAGCGCGGUGGGGAUCAGCGCCUUCCCAGCACUCGGCACAACUCCGGGACCAGCGGCGCGCGGCUGGACCGAGUCCCGCUUCCCGCCAGCUCACCCGGAGUGGGGUGCAGCCCCUGUCCGCACGCCUGCACCCCUUGUUGCUCUAGCUUGCCAGAACCUGCGGCUCCUCCACGCCCAGGUAGUGAGCCCGGCGGCUACAGGUCUCUGCAGCGCCCUCGGCCCCGUGGACAGCGCACCCGGCACCAUUCCCUAAGUGCCGGCGCCGCAGCCGUCCAAGCUGCGCACUGGGGUCCCUCGGCUCGCCCCGCUCUGGGGUGUCGGAGAGGCCGGGGAGCGUUCACCAUGAAGUCCGUGCUGUUCACCCGCUUCUUCAUUCUCCUGCCCUGGAUCCUAAUUGUCAUCAUCAUGCUGGACGUGGACACGCGCAGGCCUGCGACCCCGAUCACCCCGCGCCCCUACUUCUCUCCCUACGCGGUGGGCCGCGGGGGCGCCCGACUGCCGCUCCGUAGGGGCGGGCCGGCGCACGGGACCGAAAAGCGCAACCAGUCUCGGCCACAGCCGCAGCCCGAGCCGCAGCUGCCCACCAUCUAUGCCAUCACGCCCACCUACAGCCGCCCGGUGCAGAAAGCGGAGCUGACCCGCCUGGCCAACACGUUCCGCCAGGUGGCGCAGCUGCACUGGAUCCUGGUGGAGGACGCGGCGGCGCGCAGCGAGCUGGUGAGCCGCUUCCUGGCGCGGGCCGGGCUGCCCAGCACGCACCUGCACGUGCCCACGCCGCGGCGCUACAAGCGGCCCGGGCUGCCGCGCGCCACCGAGCAGCGUAACGCGGGCCUUGCCUGGCUGCGCCAAAGGCACCAGCACCAGCGCGCGCAGCCGGGCGUGCUCUUCUUCGCCGACGACGACAACACCUACAGUCUGGAGCUCUUCCAGGAGAUGCGAACCACUCGCAAGGUCUCUGUCUGGCCUGUGGGCCUGGUUGGUGGGCGGCGCUACGAACGCCCGCUGGUGGAAAACGGCAAAGUCGUCGGCUGGUACACCGGCUGGAGAGCGGACAGGCCUUUUGCCAUCGACAUGGCAGGAUUUGCUGUAAGUCUUCAGGUCAUCUUGUCCAAUCCAAAAGCUGUAUUUAAGCGUCGUGGAUCCCAGCCAGGGAUGCAAGAAUCUGAUUUUCUCAAACAGAUAACAACGGUGGAAGAACUGGAACCGAAAGCAAAUAACUGCACUAAGGUUCUCGUGUGGCACACUCGGACAGAGAAGGUUAAUCUAGCCAACGAGCCAAAGUACCACCUGGACACAGUGAAAAUUGAGGUAUAAAUUGAAGCAGCAACUGGUACAGUUUUACCCAGCCAGUGGAUCCAUAUGGAAGAGGAUGUUUGGGGUUGAGGCUGCGGAGCAUUCAGGUAUUGUCUGUUUUACUUCAGUACAAAAGCCUUUCUUGUCAUCUGGAUGGACAUUUGUUUACAUGGAGCUUAUCCGUUAACAUAAGCUAAUUGGACGGUACAAAAUGUAUGUUUUGUCGUCAUUUGUUCUGCAUGUUUUCUCUACAACUAAAUUGGAAGAUUUUUGUACAGUACUGAUACUGCAAGAUACCACUCUGAGUAUCUUAUAUAUAUAUUUUUUUUUCUCUAAUUUUCCCUUAUAAUUAGUAGACCUGAACAGGUUUUAAAAACAGACAAGUAUUUUAUCAGGUAAACAUUCCUGAUUCCUGACUGUGCAACAUUAAUCUUUGGAAGGUUAGUGGCAGUAUACAUCAUAGGAAAUAACCCACAAAUGAAAAGGUCUAUGGAUUCAUCUGUUUAAUAUAGGGAAAUAACAUUUUAUCAAUACUAGGCACCAUAAAAUGUAAACACAAUUACUGUCAUAAACCUGGAUAUACCUUCAAGGAUUCAAAGUGGCUUUUAGUUACCCUGUUUGCAUAUAGUGCAGAAAAGGUCUUCAUGUUAGCACUAUGUACAUUAAGAAGAGAUCCAAAUUACACGAAAGGCAGAUAAAAUUUGAAUUCUUUAAACAUUCAUUAAACUAAGUUUUGGAGUAACAUCCAGGUUUAUCUUCCUUUCACUAACCACGUUCCCUGUUAAGCACAUCAUAACAACAGCACAGUGAAGUGAAUGAUGAAAUAAAAGAAUUUUUGAUACACUAGAAAACAGUGCUCAGUGAGACAUUUACAUUCUAUUUAUAUGAUUAAACAUUUGAUCAUACAGUACCUUCCUACAGGAUUACUGGCUAAUUUGGGGAUGGGGUUUAUACUGUUAGAGGUAUUACUAACAUGAUAACUACUUCCCUUAUAUGCAAACAUUAGAGCUAUAAUUUUAUUGACAGGAAAACUGAUUUUGCAAGUUGAGCAGCUUCUCAAGUAAUGCAGUAUAUGAAAUCAUGGGAAAUAUGAACAAAGCUGCCCUUGACAUAAAAUGGUUUAUCAACUUGCUUUUCACCACAUCAAAUUUAAUCAGUACAGACCAACACGGUCAAUCAGAUCAUUCUUAAUAUGAACAAAUGGGUAAAAAGAAAAAAAAUAUGUAUAUGAAUAAACAGGGGAACUAGAUGCAUUUUAGCAAGGAAUGUCAGGUGGUAGUUCUGGAUGAAACUUGUAUUGCAGUUUUCAUUUCCAUAGUUGUGUGCUGAGAGUCUGACCCGAUGAGCUUCCAGACCAUCCUGCUGUUGUGCUGGGGGGCUGGCCAAAACCCGCAGUAGGGGUUGCACUACUGAUACUCAUGCCAGCCAUUUGUUGAUUCAUCUGUGAAACACACAAAAGACUUAGUUCAAGAGGCUUACUUCAUUUCUAAUUCUUGUUUCUUUAGCCACAUAAUUGAUCAUAUUUUUAUUAAUGUGACAACUAGUCCAAGCACUGGAAUAAAAACAAAGUAACAUACAAACAUUUCUUAAAGUAAAUAGCUACUUUGUUCCCUUCUUGUUCUUUAUUUAUCUACUUUCUAGAUUCAAUUCCCCAAAGAUUAACCACAACUUAAAAAAAAUACCAAAGCAAUCUUGGAAUUUGUAUCUGGGUAUAUAAUGAGUCAGUUACUCUAACUUUCAACUACACUACGAUGUUGUGCUUUACUACUAAUGAGUAAGAAAAUUUUAGAAAGUAAAAUAGUCUAAAGUUAUCCUAUAAACUUUGUAUGAUAGCUGUUAUUCUGUUAAAAUCUUAAAUGGCUCUAAAUACUUCCUAAAUAUUUAAAAAGUGGUCAUAAAGCAUUUAUUUCUCUUGCUGAUCUACCAACAUAAACAUCUAAAAUUUAUUUUCAUUAUAUGCAGUAAAGUAUAAGAUUACAUGUAUUUUUCUUUUAGAGUCAAAUAUAUAUAUAUAUAUAUAUAUAUAAAAGCAUCUUAACCCUGUGGUUCUCUUACUUCCAAAACUGGUGAUAAGAGAAGGAAAAGCAAGAUUUAGUAUAUAGAUUGGAUUUAAAACUUACACUCAGAGUUAGACUGUGUUCCCAAUUUAAUAUAGUUGACUUAUUUACAGUUUCAAAGACACUAACAUGAACUACAUCACUAAUCAGGCAUAAGUGUCUGAAGGAGCAGAUCACAUCUUCAUACCUACUAAAGGACAUCUUAACCACCUUGCCGUUGGCCAGUAGAUUCCACUGAUGGAGUGCUGAAGAACAGCAUCACCGUUCUGCAUUAUUUGGAAGUAAGAGCGAAUGUUAACUCCUUCCUGGUUCAUCUAGCACCUUAACACUGGGCUAGGUGUGCUUCAGCAUGUUGACCAUGUGACUGACAUUUGGCACAUACAAUUUUUUAGAUUUGCAAUGGGUAAAGACCAAUCUCUUGCCUAUAUUCUGGUAAAUGGUGUUAGCAAAAUUAAUUGGGAUAGGUAGUGAUUGUGCUAAUGUUAGAAAUCACUCUAGACUAUUCCGUGAAUGCUCUAAAGGUAAAACAAGUGACCACACAGAAACCAAGAUUGCCAAAAUGCUGGAGCAACAUCAAUGGGAAGUAUAAAAGGAAGAGGAGUGGGAGCAUGAACCUAUCUAAGAGCCUUUACUGUGCAGCUAGAGAAAAGUCAGAACAGAGCACCCGAAACAGAAGUUGAUAACGUAGGUAGAAAUAGGAUUUUACAAUAUGAGGGGAUGUCUUGUUCACACCUUAUGGAAACUGAAUCUUUUUGUACUCUUUUAAACCAUAAAAGUCAUCACAGGGUAUGUAAAAAGAAAAUACAACUUUACAAAGGUUUUUGAACAAAAAUAAUUUUUACAGAGCCAUGGGGCAGUAACCAUAUGACCUGAAAAAUAGGCUCAGAUCCCUCAUAAAAUAGUGCUUUGAGAAUAUGAGACUAGAUUUUUUUUCUAAUAACAGACCCCAAAAUUAUUAAUGAAGAUUAGUUGUCUACGUGAGCUGUAAAAAAUGCCCCACCAGUAAGCUGAGUAAAGCUUAGUGCUAACCUCAGAGGUGGCAGAAAGGAAGUCUUUCAUGAUGGCUAAGAUAAUUUCUGGCCAUUAGCAAACAGAUUAGGGGUGUUCACCAUUAGGGUUACAUUACAAUUUGAAGUGAAAGACAUUUAACCUUUCUUUACAGAAUACUCUAAAACAGGACUAAUAACACAGCAUUUGUCUAUCUGAUACAACUUCAUAAUAUUUAUAGAUACUUUUGACCUUAUACAUAUUAUCCCUAUUAAACUCUUUCUGCCAAAUCUCAAGACUUAAAAAAAAAUGAUUUAGAAAAUAAAUCUGGUUUCUUUGAUUUGAGAGAAGCUAGAAAUUAAAUGACCCCUACCUGUGAGAGGCUCCACUGGGGCUGCUGAGCUUGCGGCAGGCCAAACUUACUCUGGGGUGCACCCAUUUGUCCCACGAUUCCUCCUUGGGGGCCAACAACAUUUUGAGGAAGUGGCAUCACACCAGUUUGUGCAUUUCCCAUAAACCCAUUGGGCAUGGGCAUGCCCACCAUCAUGCUUGGACUUUGCCCCAUCACGUUUCCUAUAAGGCCAGGAGCUGCAGCCACAGGUACACCCAUCGAUGGAAAACCCUGAAAUGCAGCUGGUGCUUGUGAGGUAAAUGAUAUAUUUGUGGUUCCCAUAAACACACCUGCACCACAAAAAGAAAAUGAAUGAAGACAGAGCUAUCAUGAGUAGUUGCACUCACCACUAUAAUCACAGGAAACUGUCUUUCUGAACUACUCACAGCAAACAUUUUCAUUCCAGUUUGGCUGCUCCUACUACUCAGACCAACCCACACCUAAACCCUGAGAGCUGGUUAUUUCUAGAAUGCAGACAAAUCAAUUAUUAACCUAAGUAAAUUUACUUAAGAAAUGUAAAUCCUACGCAACACCCACACAAAAUACCUUCCAUUGUGAAGACCAAACUAUGUAGCAUGACAUCAUACACUGUUUUUUUGCUGACUUGUACCACUGGUCUCCCAAUACCAAACACAGGCAAGUGAGAGCUGAUUAUAUCUGGCUUCAGUGGAUGUGGUGGGUGCCACACAGUUUUAGCUUGUAUGUGAAAUGCAGCUCAUUAUUUUAAAGGAAAUGGUCUGAAAGAUUAACACUCUGUAAACAAUAAGCCUUAGGCUAAUAUUUUGUUAUAAUUACAAAAAAAUUCAUAGAUCUUUUGGAAUCUGUGUGGUAACUGAAGAUUGCUUAUCUUCACAGAAAAUAUACUGUACACAAAGUCAUAAACUUCAUGCAAAUCAAGUUUCAAUAAUUCAUCAAAGAUAAUCUGUGUCCUGUAAGCUUGUGAAAUAGUGAUCUAUGAACAGCUUGUUAAUUCCAAAUAAAGUUCUGUUAAUCCUGUAAA